GCCUGACCCACCACCAUGAAGAUCCGCCUGUGUAGACUCAGUCAUCUGGACCAAACUACACAAUGGUUCCUGCUUUCGGCUGUGUUGACCUUCUUUGUCUUCAUCCUGCCCUCCUUUGUUAAGGAGCCCAAUACCAAACCUUUCAGGCAUCAGCACAUACGCAAUGAGGAGAGGUCCCCAGAGUCACUCCAUGAGGUGACAGGGCAGGCCCCCACAGCGGGAGACAGGACAAUGGCCCCGGCGGUGGCAUCAGCGCAAGAGAAGAGCGUGUGGGCCCCCCAGGCCCUGGCCACAGCCUACGCUGCCCAGGAGGACACCAGAGCAGAGGCCCUCGAGGCCACCUCAGCUCAGCCCACCUCCAUGAGGGGUCAGGAGAGGAAGGACACCAUGCCGGACACGCUGCCCCCGAGGGCUCAGGACAAGGGGGUGGCGUCUGACAGGACAGGGCUCCCAUCAGUGAUGAGUCAGGACACUAGGACAAUCAAAGGAAGGCGGGACCAGAAGGAGGAGCCGACAGCCACCAGGAAGGUGACCCCAGGGCCUCAGAGCAAGGCGCGGACCACCCGGCGAACACCUGUGCCAGAAAGCCAGGCCAAGGCGCUGACCACGCCAGGAGCAGGGCCGAUGGGGAGGACGAGGAAAGGAGCCACCACAGCGGCUGCCCCGCACAGGGACACAGCCCGGGCCACGCCACCCUCCACCUCUUCCCAGGGCCGCACCACCCGGAGAAGCCCGAGUCUGCGGGCUGCCAACUUCAAGUCUGAGCCCCGGUGGGAUUUCGAGGAACAGUACAGCUUUGACACGGAGGCCCUGCAGCCGACCUGCCCGGACUCAGUGAAGGUCAAGGCCUCCAAGUCACCCUGGCUCCAGAAUCUCUUCCUGGCCAACCUCACCCUCUUCCUGGACUCCAGCCGCUUCAGCCAGAGAGAGUGGGACCGUCUAGAACACUUCGCACCGCCCUUCGGCUUCAUGGAGCUCAAUCAGUCCCUGGUGCAGAAGGUGGUGACCCGCUUCCCUCCGGUGCCCCAGCAGCAGCUGCUCCGGGCCAGCCUCCCCGCCGGGAGCUCCCAGUGCAUCACCUGCGCCGUGGUGGGGAACGGGGGCAUCCUGAACGACUCGCGCGUGGGCCAGGAGAUAGACGGCCACGAUCACGUGUUCCGGUUGAGCGGAGCUGUCACUAAGGGCUACGAGCAGGAUGUGGGCACCCGGACGUCCUUCUACGGCUUCACCGCCUUCUCCAUAACGCAGUCACUGCUCGCCUUGGGCGGUCGGGGCUUCCCGCACGUCCCUCUGGGGAAGGAUGUCCGCUACCUGCAUUUCCUGGAAGGCACCCGAGACUACGAGUGGCUGGAAGCGCUGCUUCUGAAUCAGACCCUGGUGAAAAGUAGCCUUUCCUGGUUCAGGCGCAGGCCCCAGGAGGCUUUCCGGGAUACCUUGCAGUUGGACAGGUACCUGUUGCUACACCCAGACUUUAUGCGAUACAUGAAGAACAGGUUUUUGAGGUCAAAGACCCUGAACAAUAUCCACUGGAGAAUAUACCGUCCCACCACUGGGGCCCUCCUGCUGCUCACGGCCCUUCAUCUCUGUGACCAGGUGAGCGCCUAUGGCUUCAUCACCGAGGGCCACGAGCGCUUCUCUGAUCACUACUAUGAUAAGUCCUGGAAACGAACGAUCUUUUAUACCAACCAUGACUUCCCGUUAGAGAGAACACUCUGGAAGCGGCUGCACGAUGAAGGUAUAAUCCGGCUGUACCAGCGUCCCAUAAUUUCCAAACCAAAGAUGUGACUGGAGCCUGGGCCACAGUAGUCCCUUCGGCCAUUCCAUGGCAGGAGCCACCGUGGGAGUCUUGAGACUCUACCACCAUUUUCCCAGGGUUCAGACCAGGCCCCAGGCCCCCCCAGACUCACCAGGGGACACUGGCACCAAGGAGGAGGUGCUUUCAAGAUGGCAGAUGUCUGAUUGAGGCCUUGGAGAAGCUUGGAACGUUGCUGUGGGUUCCCUUCACAGGAAGGAGGACUCUAGUCU